CCAGGAGUUUGUGUGGACACGAAUAUCAGUAAACUUGAUUGGGGCAAAAAUGUAACCAUUCAACUCUUCCGCUACCUUAUCUUCUUUCCCUCUUCUAACGCGAACGAACACAAAUGAGCUAUGUUUUCUUCUCUCCUCUUCACCAUCCCUGCUUCUCACCUUCAUCAUCUACCAUCGCAAAGCCAUCGAAGAAAAAAAGACCACCAGUGCGACACCAUCGGAGAAGACGGCGACCACCAGUACGACGUCGACGAAAAAGUGACGGCGACGGUCUGCUACACAGACAGGAGCUUCAUCUUCACCUUCUUCGCAACUUCUCUUCUUCGUCUAUGUUCAAUAGCUUCACAUCUAUGAUUGAUUUCAGAUCUGUGAUGGCGAUUCAGAUCUGUGGUCUUCAUUUUGCAGGGACCGAUUCCGGUUGUGACAGUCUAUGAAGCACGGAUACUUCGCUAGGGUAGCGUAUCGGCGUAUCCGAUACGUUCCCGUAUCCGAUACUCUAGGAUACCCGUACCGUACGUUCCCGGGCCGUAUCUGCAAUUUUUAAAAGUUUCCAUUUUUUUUUGUAAUUUUUUGAAAGUUUCCGAUACUCGUAUCCUGACGGAUACCCGUAUCAACUUUAAAAAAAAAUCCCAAAAUUUACUUAAUAAAAUUCUAAAAAAAUAAAAAUCUAAAACUACAUUUUAUUUGGUAAUCAAAUAAUGGGCCUAUAUGGCUAUAUCCGAAUUAAGUCAUUAACUCAUACUCCGAAUUGGAU